UAUACUUAAAACCACAUUAUUUUAUCUGUAAACCAACUAUAGGGAACAUUUGCAUGCUAUCUCCCUGGUUUUUAGUUAAAGCGGACAAUGUUUUUUCAUCUGUGUGAUUUUGACAAAGAUCAGAUCACAUUUGAUGGUUAUUUUAUGUAGAAAUCUGAGAAAUUCCAAAAGGUUGAUACUUUUUCAUACCAUUUCUGGAUUGUAAACCUGUCAUCAGUAACACCCCUGAGCAUCCUGAGGAUUUGAAAUCGAAAGAGGGAGGGAGUAGAACGCCUCCUUAAUCAGACGACCAAUCUCAUGCUUUCAACAUGCUGAUCACCACCCCAAUGUUUUCUUACAUCUUUCGGUGUAUAUACUGCUCACAAGCACUUAAUCAGCAUCCGGGAGGAUGCUUGGACCAGGAGCUUCUUGAUCAAUUUAACAUGCACCAUAUUUUUUCCCAGUGUGGUUGACAUGAUGGAACAGAAUGGAACAAUCAUGCUAAGUCUUGGUGGCUAUGUAGAGGUUGAAAAAUAUGGAUAUGUGUACUUUAUGUUUUUGUUGCCAGUGUUUGUUGUUAUUCUCUGCUCUAACGGCAUUAUUAUUUUUAUCAUCUGGAUUCACAGGAACCUUCAUGAGCCCAUGUACAUUUUCAUUGCAGCUCUAUCCCUCAACUCAAUUUUGCUCACCACUCCUAUCUACCCUAAGAUUUUAGCGGAUGUGUUGUCUCACGAGCAGAGCAUUUCCUACUCAGGGUGUUUGACCCUGACAUUUUUUUUCUACAGUAUAUCAUCUUCUGACUUAUUCUUGUUGUUAGCCAUGGCUUAUGAUAGAUAUGUGUCCAUCUGCAGGCCCAUGAAAUAUUCCUCUAUCGUGGGCAAAACCACUGUCACCAUUUUCUUGGCUUUGGCCUGGUUUCUGCCUGCAUUUCAGUUGUCUGUGACAAUGGUUCUGCAGUCCAAACAAAAAAUCUGUCAAACCACUUUGGAGGGAUUUUACUGCAACGUUAAAAUGCUUAAGAUUCACUGUGCAACACCAACUUAUCUGACUUUGUGGACUUUAUUUAAUUUAACAAGCACUUCUUUAUUGCCUGUGCUGUUGAUCCUCUUCACGUACAUUAAGAUAUUCAUAACAAUCUAUAAUAGCCAUGGAGAAGUCCGGAAAAAAGCCAUAGAUACGUGUUUACCUCACGUGACUGUUUUAAUUAUAACCUUUAGUUUGAUGUGCAUUGACAUAAUUAUUGCGCUGCUGGGGGCAGUGCUUCCAAAAAGGGUUUCACUAAUUAUAAAUUUGCAAGUGCUUGUGUACAACCCCCUUUGUAAUCCAAUCAUGUAUGGUUUGAAAAUGAAAGAAAUCCGGAAACACAUCAAGAGAAUGUUGUUGUGUUGAAAGGAUGAAUAAUAAGGCAGAAAGAAAAUAGUUUCUAAUUGUGCAUUUGUAAACAUGCCUGCAAACAUGGAUGUGGCUGGUGUGUGUUUUUCUGUCCAUUUAAGCCUGUGUGCCUUUGUGAUAUUGUGUGUUUUGCGUCAGCUUAACUAUGCUAUUUUCAAAUAGUUUUAUGAAAACAAUGAAAAUGCAUGAGUUGUUUAUAUGGAAUCUGGGUAGCAUGAUUAACUCAUUUCUAUCUGUUAUUCAUUUUGUUAUAUGAAUUACAUUAUAUUGUACGAUGUGCUAUGAUGCACAAUAUAUUAUCCCCCUCCUCAUACUGUUUUUGUCUCCUUGGCCCAGAAUUGCUUCCAAGUACAUUUUUAUUAAUUAUUUGUCUUAUUUGUUUCGAUAUACUGCAUGAAAACAAAACAAUCAAGCCCUUAAAUCCGGUUUUGAUAAUUAUGUGGCUAAGAUAGGGACAGAUACUGUACAUAAGGUCCACUGACAUAUUUAAGUCAACAGUAGUGCACUAGCUCAAAGAAUGAAGGUGCUGUAGUCACUCUGUCCAUAUCCAGUGACAAUGCGAAAUGUGAGCGUGCACCUUUGAAGGGGAAGCCAGAGAACACUGCCACUGAUUUUAAAAGUUUCACGCCCACACCAGUGCAAAACUCCCUUCUUCAAAUGCACCCAACAGAUUGUCCACCAAAUAGGAUCCAACACUCGCUCUAAAAUAUCUCCUCGCUCGUUGCAAUAACGUGCUAAUCUACAUUUUUUGCUAUUCACAAAAAUAUAGCCCCAUGUACUGUAUGUUUAUUUUUGAAUAAUUUGGUGGAAAAUGACCUGAAGUAGGGGCAGCACAUGAUUGAGCAGUUUACACGUUCUGAGAUCAUAGGUUCCAUCCUGGGCACUAGAAUUCCUACGUGGAGUUUGCAGUGGCGUUCCGAGCCUAAAUGAUGCCAAGAGCGACAAGACAUUUCGCCCCGAUUGCCCCCAUUCAUAAAAAAAAACCAAAAAACAGUUGACCCACAAAAUACAGCACAUGACGUAUACUUAGCGCAACUCAACAACGAAAACACAGUAUUUCUUAAGAAUGUUGCAUUUAUUAACGCUAUCAUAAUCAAAGUAGUGGAUGGUGCACAACAAUAAAUAUGUGCAAGAGAAUAUUGAUUUAACAUCGCAAACUUUAAUAAAAUAUUGGAGAAAUAAUAAAGAAAGUGUGGAAUAUUCUUCUUGUGACUAGUUGUCUCAGAUGUGUUGACCACUAGAGAGGCUCCUGUUAAAGAGCACAGGAGUACACUUUUUUGGGGUUCAUGUGCAGGUGUGUAUACAUAUACAGU